ACGCCCAGAUCUGAGGGGGGAAUGAUCAAAACGACACCAAAAGUAUGACAAGUUCCCAACCAACACUGCACCACUACCAGAUGACCAUCACCGGCGACGAUUCUACCACAACUGCUACUACUCCGUCGACCUCCGAGACCAACUGGACUGUGUUAUGCGGUUCUCUCGAUUCUGCAGUUACGUUCGAGUCUUUUGAUUUCCCCAUCGACUCAGAAUUCACGGCCAGGAAACCACCACUCCUUCUCCUACCACCUUCUUCCUCUGACUUUGAACCUUGCGAGAUCAAACUAAAUUUCACUCAGAAGCACGAAAUUCGUCAGGUCUAUGUCAGAAGUACAGCUCGUGUAUAUGAAAUAUAUUAUGCACCUGCUCUGCAGAGUGAAAAUGAGUAUCUAUGUACUGUUCGAUGUAGUGCUGCUUCUGUAGAGGACAAUUUGUUCCCUGCAACUGAUGUGAAAGAAGCUACUUCUGUAAACUUGCUGGGUGCGAAUGGGAUAUUACGGAAAGGAAGAGUGCCAGGUGAGAAUAACAUUGGCAGCAACGAAGAUGAUUGGGUGGAAGUUAAACUCCCUGUUGGUCGAGUGGAUGAUGGAAAUACUUAUUUGCCAAACCAGACUUCGAACAACAUCAGAAACCACCAGGAUUUCUAUGAGGCUACAGCCGAAAUCAAUGACUCAGAGCCUUGUAUCUCACUCACACUUCGUUUGCUAUCACUUCAAAGUAAAGGCUGUGUAUAUGUUGACGAAGUGUACGUGUUUGCCGACCCUAUUGAUACAAACGAUUCCGAGAAUCAGACAGUAAAUGUAGAAAGCUCAGCUGGAAGUUCACUCAUGACUAUGCUUGUUCCCACACUUCUAGGAUUGUCAAAAUCUAGAUCUCUCCAGUUACACGAUCAACAUAAUUCCAAAUCCCUUGCAAAACCGAUUGAAAUUGAGUCAGAACCAGCCACUUCAACUAAUCCAGUUAAUCAUUCUGAUCAGCAUGAUGAGAAGUUGCUAAAACAGAGUGAGGACAAAGCUGAAUUGAGUCAGUUCCAAGUGCCAGCUUCAGCUUUGGCUUCGGUUCCAGAGGAAGAUAAAGUAUGUGAUUUGACAAGAAGAAACGGAUUUUCAUAUAAUCGAGCCGAAAGCUUACUGGAACAACUUGUGUCACGAGUGAGUAGAAUUGAAGAUAUCUGCAUGAGGUUUGAAGAGAGCAUGUUGAAGCCAAUAAACAACAUGGAGGCAAGACUCCAGCAUGUAGAGCAGCAGGUUGAAUUACUUGCCAAAAACACCCGCUGUCCAGUAUCACCCUCUUGUCUAAGUCUUGGACCGAACCCUAGAUCAAUAAGCAACGAUGGAAGCCAUUUUCAAUUUUCUGGUGGAUCCGACUCAGAAAAAGAGGGAUCUGUCUCAAACGAGACCAAUAAACUACCUAAAGGUACUCAGGUUCACGAAGGUCUUAUGGCUACUGACCUGGAGUCUCCAUGUUGUGAUGAAAAAGAGGAAGUGAAUGAUGUUUCGGAAUCACCAAAGAAGGAAAAACCGAAGAAAUCUAUUUCAAUUGAUGACGCGUUGGCUGCAGCACUGGCUGGAUUUUCAUCUUUCACUAAAGCCGAUGAUAGUCAUGUGGUUGCACCCCUUGAAUCUCCAGAAGAAGAGUCUUUGAAUAGUAACCAAGCUCCUAUAGAUACAACUCUUGUAUCUAAUAGCAAUGGCGAUGCUUCAAUUUGUUGUGGAUCUCUGAACGCUACUGCCUCUGAGUUAAGGGAGGAGGACGAAGAUACCACAAAAUCUAAUGAAUCUUUGAACGUAUCUGUUCCUGAGUCUACAACUUCUUGUGAUGCUUCCACAGAGAUUCCGGAUGAUAGUUUUUGCUUACAAGAAACAUCUAAAGAAGCUACGGACCCCACUCACGAAAAUCACAAAUCUGAUGCUGAUCUUGGUAAACAAGACUCUAUUAGAGCGGUGAAUUUUGACAAAUCCGACAUCCUCAAACAUUUCCCUGAUCAGUCCCAAGAUGCCGUAGAAGUUAAGGAUGGAUCUGAAUCUAUAGAUUUUGAAUCUUCUAUCCUUGAGGUGAAGUUUUCUUCUUCGGAGAACAGCAGUCUCAUAUCCGGCCUUGAAUCCCUUCUGUUCUACACAGAUGAUCCCACUACUGAUGAAGGUGUAUUGAUUACUCCAAAAUUGAAUGUGUGCGAUCUAGAGGAUAAAACUACUACAUCAAAUGCAAACGAUCUACUGGUGGAGUUGAACGGUGAUCAUGGCGGCGAAGAAAUGCAACAGGAUCUUCCGCCUGUUCAACAGGAAACAUCUUUUGCAAGUCUCAUUUGAUUCUCUUUCGCAUGUGCACCAGGUCCUUGUGGGGGUGGUAUUAGCGACACUUGAUCAAAGUCGAGUGCUAGUUGAAGACUCACAAAGCACUUAAAUCUUUGGGACGUUUUCUUAUCGUUGGAGAUGACGAUUUUCAGUGAGGGUUAUAAUAACACCAGUUUCAAUCUAGUUUUGUUUGGAGUUAUAUUCUAACUCGUUGACUUUAACUUUAUUGUAUCAUUGUUUGUAAGUAUAAAGAAGUUUAAGGAGGAUUG